CUGUAUGUAUUCAUAACAAUGAAGGGUUUGGUGUUCGGUCUGUCUCUGAUUGUUUGUGCUUCUGCCUUAUUAGAAGUACAGACCAACUACCACGAUGCUAUCGGUAUUCCUGCUGUAGAGAAGAUCAGGGCACUAGAGGAAGCAAGCCUAGCUAAUGAAGCUGUGACUAAUGACAAUAGGAUCGUUGGAGGAGCACUAGCUCCUGUUGGCGCUCAUCCAUACUUUGGUGGCUUACUAAUCAACUUAGUUGGUACUACAAGCAGAUCAGUAUGCGGUUCUUCAUUGUUGUCUGCUAAUCGGCUGGUGACUGCUGCUCACUGCUGGUUCGAUGGCGUCAGACAAGCGUGGGAGUUCACCGUCAUUUUGGGCUCCAACUGGCUGCACACCGGUGGUGAACGUAUUGCCACUCGACAAGUCAUCAUGCACCCACAAUAUGUGCCUCGGUUCCUUACAAAUGACAUCGCUAUGAUAUACCUGCCUUGGAACGCUAUGAUGACCGCAAAUGUCCGACCCAUCAGAUUACCCAGAAAUAUGGAAGUGUGGAAUCAGUUUGAGGGACACUGGGCUAUGGCAGCUGGCUUCGGGAAAACUAGUGACCUUCAACAAACUUCUGCUUCUGUGGUAAGCCACGUGUCGCUGCAGGUGAUCAACACCAGCACUUGCGCGUCGCGGUUCGAGGCCGGCUUCGUGACGCAUAGCACCCUUUGUACCAGUGGAGUAGGUAGCGUUGGUAUCUGUGGCGGAGACUCCGGUGGUCCUCUUGCAGCUCACGACAACUUCGGAGAGCCAUUCUUGUUACAAUAUUUGGACACAAUGCGUGCUGUUGUUUUGUUGGGCUUAGCCCUGGUGGCUUCAACGUCCGCCCUAGUGGAAGUAGGGACCGGAUACCACCAGGCCGUUGGCAUUCCUACCGCUGAGAAGAUCAGAGCUGAGGAGGAGAAGCUUCUGGCGGCAGCAGGCAAAGACAACAGGGUUGUUGGUGGUGCCAUCGCGCCCGCAAACGCGCAUCCAUACUUCGCUGGACUGCUGAUCAGUUUGGUUGGUACAUCUGGUCAAUCAGUAUGCGGUUCCUCUCUCCUGUCUGCCAACCGUCUAGUGACAGCGGCUCAUUGCUGGACCGAUGGGUGGAACCAGGCCUGGCAGUUCCUCGUCAUCCUCGGCUCCAACCUCCUGUUCUCUGGUGGGGUCCGCAUUGCUACCACCGAUGUCAUCAUGCACCCACAAUACUCUACCGCUAACCUCAACAACGACAUCGCCAUGAUCAGACUGCCCACCAACGUUCUAUUUACCACCGGCAUUCAGCCUAUUGCCCUUCCGCCCAGCUGGUCAGGCACUUUUGUAGGAAACUGGGCAGUUGCUGCAGGAUUCGGCAGAACCAGUGACCAGCAAGCGGGUGCAUCCACGAUUGUAAGUCACGUAAACUUGCAAGUUAUCAGCGUGCAAGCCUGUCAGGCUGUGUUCGGCAGCGUGUUUGUGGUUCCGAGCACGAUCUGCACCAACGGCGCUGGAGGAGUCGGCAUCUGCGGCGGAGACUCCGGCGGUCCUCUAGUCUACAACCAGAACGGCGUACCUACUUUGAUUGGUGUCAGCUCCUUCGUCGCUCGUGACGGAUGCCAGCUUGGUUUCCCAUCAGCUUUCGCUCGAGUCACCAGUUUCGACAGUUUCAUCCGCCAGUACCUUUAAAUACCACGACUGAUCACAAAUAUAACAUAGUAUACUUUUUAUAUAA